AUGAGUGGUAGAGCCCCAUCUAGAUCAUACGAUAUGAUCAUGAAAUUAUUGUUAGUCGGAGAUUCAGGCGUUGGAAAAUCGUGUUUAUUAUUAAGAUUUGUUGAAGAUAAGUUCAAUCCAUCGUUCAUUACCACCAUCGGGAUUGAUUUCAAAAUCAGAACCAUCGAAAGUAAUGGUAAAAAAAUCAAGUUACAAGUUUGGGAUACUGCAGGUCAAGAGCGUUUUAGAACCAUUACAACAGCAUACUACAGAGGUGCCAUGGGUAUUGUAUUAAUCUAUGAUGUUACUGACUCCAGGACUUUUGAAAAUGUUGAAAAUUGGUACCUGACUGUGACUCAACAUGCCAAUGAAGAUGCCCAAAUCUUUUUAGUUGGUAAUAAGUGUGAUGAUGAAGAGAAUAGACAAGUUUCAAAGGAACAGGGCCAAGAAUUAGCAUCAAAAUUGAACAUUCCAUUUUUAGAAGCUAGUGCUAAGAGCAAUGAAAAUGUUGAUCCUAUUUUCUACGAGUUAGCAGGAAUCAUCCAAGAAAAACACGUCAACACGGAAGGAGCACAAACUGCUUCAUCUGCCGGCGGAGUUGACGUUUCACAAACCCCCAAUACAUUCAAAUCUAACUGCUGUUAA